AUGCAGAAUGUGAGCAAUGAAUAAGUGAUAGAUGGAGUAUAUUCAUAGGAAGAAUUGGAACAGAAGCUGUUCAGAGACAAGCAAAUGCAAAAGUAUAGGAUUAGGAUCAUUGGCUGUAGAAAUAGCUAAAAAUGUGGUGCUUGGGUUUGGGGUUGGGUUUGGG